GUUGACAUUUUCAAAAGAGGAACUGAAGUUCCAAACACGAAAAAUAAAAAUAAAUACAAGUUGGAAUGAUAAAAAAUCUUACACCUACAAAUAUUUUUCACAUUUUCUAUAAGUUAAAGUGCCUGAAAUAUGCCUAAAGAGCAAUACCGUGAAACAUAUGUGGGUAGAAAGAUAUCUCAAGUUACCUUCAAUGUGGACAGUGCAUCGGACAUACAGCUGGCUGCUAAUAUACAAGUGAUAACAAAGAACUUAUAUGCUCAAGAUGGGCAAAGAGUACCAGCUAGUUAUGGAGUCCUUGAUAGGCGAAUGGGGACAAAUCAAAAAGACGCAAACUGUGAGACAUGUGGCCUUGGUCUUGCAGACUGCGUGGGCCACUACGGUUACAUCGAGCUCGCCUUGCCCGUAUUCCAUGUGGGCUACUUUAGAUCUAUAAUCACCAUUCUGCAGACUAUUUGUAAGAACUGCGCAAAAGUCAUGCUUGCUGAACCACUUAAGAAGUCAUAUCGCCGCAAAUUCAUGAAUCCCGAAAUUUCGUAUCUGCACAAAAAAAACUUACGAGCUGCGGUUUUGAAAAAGGCAAAGACAUGCACUAAAUGUCCCCAUUGUGACUCCAUUAAUGGUGUUGUUAAGAAAAGUUCAGCGGGAAUCUUAAAGAUUGUUCAUGAGAAGUAUAGGAAUAAGAAACCAAGUGACCCGUUAGUUAGGAGUGUGCUGAGCGAGUUCAAUGAAGCGAAAGAAGCUAAUAAGGAACUGGCUUCAAUGCUAGGUACUGGCAAUAUUGUUAUUGAAAUGAAUCCAUUGGAGGUAAUCAACCUAUUCCGUCGCAUCCCGGAACAAGAUAUUCCACUCCUCGGAAUGAACGUCAAGCGCUCCAGGCCCGAGGAUCUGAUCCUCACGCGUUUGCCCGUGCCGCCGCUCUGCAUCAGGCCCAGUGUGGCUUCCGAUAUUAAGGCGGGCACCAACGAAGAUGACCUAACAAUGAAGCAGUCCGAGAUCCUGCUAAUCAAUGACGUCAUAGCCCGCCACGUGGCCAGCGGAGGCAAGUCGGAGCUCGUCCAAGAGGAUUGGGACUAUCUACAGUUGCACUGUGCAUUGUAUAUCAAUAGCGAAAUGUCGGGGAUACCGCUGUCUAUGCAGCCGAAAAAACCCGGGCGUGGUCUAGUCCAACGCCUCAAGGGCAAACAGGGAAGAUUUCGGGGCAACCUGUCGGGCAAGCGAGUGGAUUUCUCCAGCAGGACUGUCAUAUCGCCAGACCCUAACUUGCAGAUACAGGAGGUGGGCGUGCCGGUCCACGUGGCGAAGACCCUCACAUACCCGGAGCGAGUGUUUCCCGCCAACUUGCGCUGGCUGCGCGCGCUCGUGUGCGCGGGCCCGGACGCACACCCGGGGGCCAAUUAUGUGCAACAGCGUGGGCUUGCGCAUAAGAAGUACUUGAAGUACGGGAACAGGGAGAAGAUCGCGCAGGAGCUUAAGUGUGGAGACAUAGUAGAGCGCCACCUGGUGGACGGUGACGUGGUGUUGUUCAACCGGCAGCCAUCUCUACACAAGCUGUCCAUCAUGUGUCAUCGCGCUAAGGUCCAGCCGCAGAGGACCUUCAGAUUCAACGAAUGUGUGUGCACACCAUACAAUGCAGAUUUUGAUGGAGACGAAAUGAACAUGCAUCUUCCGCAGACUGAGGAGGCGAGGGCGGAGGCACUCAUACUUAUGGGAAACAAAUCGAAUCUUGUCACUCCUCGGAACGGUGAACUCCUGAUAGCGGCGACCCAGGAUUUCAUCACCGGAGGUUACCUCAUCACCCAGCGGGACUCGUUCUUCACUCGCGAGGAAGCCCAGCAGCUCGCCAGCUGUCUGCUCGCCGGACCUGAUGCCAACAUGCGCGUGGAUAUGCCCCCACCGGCUAUACUCAAACCGAGGAAAUUGUGGACUGGGAAACAGAUAUUUAGUCUCAUCAUGAAGCCGAAUAAACAGUGCAAGGUGAAGGCGAAUUUAGAGACAAAAGGCAAAAAUUACACUAGCAACAAGGACAUGUGCAUACAGGAUUCAUAUGUAAUAAUACGAAAUUCUGAACUGCUCUGUGGGUCCAUGGAUAAGAGCACCCUGGGCUCUGGUACGAAGACCAGCAUCUUUUAUAUUCUGCUAAGGGAUUGGGGGGAGGAAUAUGCUGUUAGAGGAAUGUGGAGAUUGGCUCGUAUGGCAUCCUACUAUAUGAUGAACCGCGGAUUCAGUUUUGGCAUUAUUGACGUAACGCCGGGCAAAAAGCUUAUUGAGGCGAAAAAUAAACUGCUGGAAUCCGGGUACUCCAAAUGUGACGGUUACAUCCUGGAGAUGGAGAAAGGUACGCUCCAGAGCCAGCCCGGAUGCAGCAUGGAGGAGACCCUGGAGGCUGUCAUGCUGAGCGAGCUGAGCAGCAUCAGAGAGUUGGCAGCCAAAGCGUGUUUCCGAGAAUUGCAUCCAACGAAUGCACCUCUUAUCAUGGCUCAAAGUGGAUCUAAAGGUUCAAACAUUAAUAUCUCCCAGAUGAUCGCUUGCGUGGGCCAGCAGGCUUUGAACGGUAAAAGAGUGCCGAAUGGCUUCGAAGAUAGAUCUCUACCCCAUUUCGAGAGGCACUCAAAGAUCCCAGCGGCUCGUGGUUUCGUUGAGAACAGUUUCUACACAGGCCUAACACCGACAGAGUUUUUCUUCCACACAAUGGGUGGUCGGGAAGGGCUCGUGGAUACUGCUGUUAAGACUGCCGAAACUGGGUACUUGCAGAGGAGACUUGUGAAGUCGCUAGAAGACCUAGUGCUGCACUACGACAUGACAGUACGCAACGCGACGGGCGAGGUGGUGCAGUUCCAGUACGGCAGCGACGGGCUCGACCCCAGCUGCAUGGAGGGCCGCGACCGGCCCGUCGACCUGCCGCGCGUGCUCGCACACGUGCGCGCGUUGUGUCCUGCCAGAGAAGAAGAGCCUCUGGAUGCAGACAGGAUUCUAGAGGCGGCUGAAGAAACCCUUGCUUUGGAUGACUUCAAGACGUGUACCCAGGAGUUCAAAACUGAGCUACUAACAUUCCUCAAAACAAUAUCAGCCAAAGUGCGCAACUUACGUGCGCGCUACGCGUCCUGCGGAGCCCUAGCGCUCCAACUGGAGCGGCUAACUCUCCCCCAGCUCGUGCUGUUCCUGCGCGUAUGUCAUGACAAGUACCAGAGGAGCGUCAUUGAGCCGGGCACUGCGGUGGGCGCGCUAGCCGCGCAGAGCAUAGGCGAACCGGGUACCCAAAUGACCCUAAAAACCUUCCACUUUGCUGGCGUAGCGUCCAUGAACAUCACCCAGGGUGUGCCCCGGGUUAAGGAGAUCAUAAACGCGAGCAAGAACAUCUCGACGCCGAUCAUCACCGCGGAGCUGGUGCAGCCUCAUGAUCAGGAGUUCGCGAGGCGGGUCAAGGGCAGGGUUGAGAAGACGACACUGGGAGAGAUUACUACAUACAUUGAAGAAGUCUACUUGCCUACAAGUUGCUUCCUCCUUGUAAGGCUGGAUGCAGAACGAAUCAGAUUACUUUGCUUGGAAGUUAACGUGCACUCUAUUAUAUAUUCGAUAUGCACAUCCAAAUUGAAGAUAAAACCGAGCAACAUAGAAGCGGUAUCCGAAUGGGCUAUCAAGAUCUACGCGGAGGGCGGCAAGCAUGGCGGCUGGCUGAAUGUGGCCCUGCAGCAGUUGGCCAGACAGCUACCUGCUGUGGCUGUGAAGGGACUGCCCAAAGUGUCCAGAGCUGUUAUAGCGUGUGAUGAUACGGGUGGAAAGCCCAGAUACAAGCUCUGCGUGGAAGGCGAAGGACUGAGGGAUGUGAUAGCGACGUACGGUGUUGAAGGAACCAAGACCACUUCUAACAAUAUAUUGGAGGUGUACCAGACGCUGGGCAUCGAGGCGGCCGUGUCGACGAUCAUCAGCGAGAUCCAGGGCGUGAUGGCGGGACACGGCAUGAGCGUGGACCGGCGCCACGUGGCGCUGCUCGCCGCGCAGAUGUGCGCGCGCGGCGAGCUGCUCGGCAUCACGCGCUACGGGCUCGCGCGCAUGAAGGACUCCGUGCUCAACCUGGCCAGCUUUGAAAAAACGGCGGACCACUUGUUCGACGCAGCGUACUACGGACAACGGGACAGCAUCGAGGGUGUCUCCGAGUGCAUCAUCCUCGGAGUACCAGCAGCCAUUGGAACUGGUCUGCUGCAGCUACUCCAUCAGCACCCUCACCAAAAACACCAGAAUAACAAUAAACUGCUCUUCGAUGACCCAGAGUUGCAUAGUUCGAUAUGGGAAUGAUUUCGAAAUAAAUUAUUUUUUGUUAAA